UACACACAAAACAACACAACACCCACACACACACACAAUAUAGUGAGUCAUGACCCUCCCCACUCACUUCUUUCAUCACUCUUCAAUUCGUUACCCCAAUCCCCACCUUCACGAGAAAAAUAUUUUCAUGAUCCUCCAAUGGGGACAAACCCCGUGGUGCACCAUAAAUACCCUUUAGUUCUACCCUCUCUCAACCUUGCUUCUUUCUCUCUCUCUCUCUCCUCUUUCCCGCCAACACUUGCUAACAAUAUUUCUCUCUCUCUCUUCCUUACCCUUUGGAGUAACAAACCCUAAACCCCUCAUCUACUACCAUCUCUCUCUCUUUAUUUCACACUCCUUCGUCUUCAUGCAACUAAAACUACCACCUUUUUCCAUUUCCGCACUCUCUUCUUCACUAAAAUGAGUGACAAACACCAACCUUUGAAGCUCCACCACCCCUUUUACCCACCAACCCCAAGCACCAAUUUUGACGGCGACCCACCAUGCAAAACCGCCGGAAAACCCCUUAAGCUCAUCCGGGUCAUCCUCACCGACCACGACGCCACCGACUCAGACUCCUCCGCCGACGACGAGGACCCAAAAGAACAGCGAAAAGUGAAGAGAAGAAUCACCCACAUCACUAUAAACCUUCCCUUUUUAUCACAAACCCCAACACCAACUUCAAAAACAAAACUUUCUUCUUUUUCUUCUCUUGACCCGACCCGUUUAGCUAGACCCGAGAAACGACCCGGUGGUCCUCGCCGCCGGAACAAGUUUCGCGGCGUCCGGCAGCGUCCGUGGGGACGGUGGACGGCCGAAAUCCGCGACCCGACCCGCCGGAAACGGGUCUGGCUUGGCACGUUCGACACGGCGGAGGAAGCCGCCGCGGUUUACGACGCCGCCGCCGUGAAGCUCAAGGGCCCCAACGCCGUCACCAACUUCCCCCUCUCCGUCGCCGAGAAAAAAUUUUCCGAGGCGGUGCCGCCGUUCUCCGGUGAGGGUUUUGCGUCGCCGACGUCCGUCCUCGCCUACUGCGACGACGAGUCCACGCCGCCGUUUGACGGCUUCCGUUACGGUGUUGUCGACGCGUUCGGGUUCGACAUCGACGCGCCGUUUAGUUUGACGGACGUUAACUCCGGCGUGCUGAGUCAGCGGUCGAAGGAAGAGUUCGGCGAGUUUGACCCGGACGAGUUCCUGAUGUGGCCGAGUUGAGGGGCGUUUUCGUCAUUUCGCAAAAUAUCGGGGACUGUUCAGUAAUUCUACUAAAGUUUCUUUUUGUCGUAUUCUGUUUUCACUACGUGGAAUUCCGAAACUACCCUCGUGACUCAAGGUUUUUGUGCAGCUUAGGAAGAGUGUAGAGAAAAAUAGUAGUAGAGUGAUCAUUUACAUUUUCCUAAUCCAAGUAGAGAAUUUUUCCCUAUAUGUUAAUUUGUGUAAGUAAUUUUAAAUGUUCAUGUCAUGGAAGGAAGAGAAAAACUAUGAUGCAAGGUAUUAGAAUUUAGCAGGACUCUAUAUUGUAGUUUCUUAUAUAUAAUUCUAUUAAGUAAAGUCUUGUUAAUUGAAAA